AUGCUGGUCAUUCCCUUUAUCUUGGCUGCUGGCAGCCUUCCCACUCUCAUUUCUGGGCUUCCUGUCCCGUCCUUUCCCUCCAGCGAGGUGACCACAGAAGUUUCCACCCAGUCCCUUCAGAAGCGAGGCUACACCGUCCUCGGUGGCACCGGUGAAGUUACAGAUGGAUGGCCGUCCAUGAGCGACUGGUUCCCGACCUUUGAGGAGAUGUUCGAGGCCAACAAGAUCACCCUGAAGAGCUCCUGCGCUCAGUGGAACGUGGAAAACAAUUCUGACGAGGAGAUUGAGCACCUGUGCAGCAGCAUCCAGUCCGUCGCCAGCUCCACCGGCGUGGAUGCUCGGUUCAUCCUGGCCAUCGUCAUGCAGGAGAGCAACGGUUGUGUCCGCGUCCCCACGACGGACAACGGGGUUGUCAACCCUGGUCUCAUGCAGAGCCACGAUGGACCGGGUUCCUGCAACCGCGGCAGCCCUCUGACUCCUUGCCCUGCCUCCCAGAUCACCCAGAUGAUCACCGAUGGCACCGCGGGCACUGCAGCCGGUGACGGCCUCAAGCAAUGUCUCGCUCAGGCCGGAGGAACAGGCGAUGUGGCCGCGUACUACCGCGCCGCGCGCAUCUACAACUCCGGCUCCCUCGCCCCCUCCAAGAACCUCGGCCAGGGCAUCGCGACUCACUGCUACGUGUCGGAUAUUGCCAACCGUCUCACCGGCUGGACUACCGGACCGAGCAGCUGCGAUUCCAACACUAUUGGCGAGCUGACGUCGGCCGUCUCCGGUGCCUUCUCCGGAGGCGCUGGCUCGUCCGCCACCAGCGCCCCCACUACUACUAGCGCUCCGGCCCCCACAAUCCUUCCAACCACCACGACCCCCACCACCACGACCCCCACCACCGCGCCUACCACAUCCUCUAGCAGCUCUUGCACCACAACCCCGACAGUCCCUACCCCUGAACCCACUAUCCCGGUCCCUGUGCCACCUGUGGCCAGCACCCCCACCGACGCUCCAACUGCGUCGUCCAGCCCGUCCGCAGCUGCGCCCAUCUACCCAUACGCCACAUCCUCCUGCCAGGAAUACUACACCGUCCAGACAGGCGACUACUGUCUCAAGGUCGAGGCUGAGACCGGCAUCACCGCCGCGCAGCUCCUCGAAUGGAACACUGGGCUGGACGAGCCGUGCACGAAUCUCUGGCUGGGAUAUCAAUACUGUAUCAAGGCGUAA